UUCAUCGGAAAACGACGUCCCUGUCAUAAUGGGUAUCGUCCAAGCGCUUAUCAACAAACGCGAGCUCUUUAUGACCCCAGUCAGCCAGGAAGAACCGACAUGCGUUCCCUGUUUCGAGGAGGUGGACAGGAAGCCUGGUAACCCCAGCAGCUUCGAGGAUCUUCAUGCAAAAACCAAGGAGCUCUAUCCGCAGAACUUCGAGGGAGCAUAUCUAUUAUUGAAGAAAACUCUGAGCAAGCACUUCAACGUGACUUAUAGGAUUACCCUGAGUUCUGUGACACCAUAUGGCCUCAAAGUCGGUGUGAAUUAUGUUGGUACCAAGCGGGUAGGAUUUACGGAGAAGUACCCAAUGAUUUCAGGUGAAAUUACGCCCAGCGGUAACAUGAGUGCCAGCUUUGUGCACACGCUCGGCUGCAGAUAUAGAUUCAAGCUCGCUACACAGAUUGUUGACAAGAGAUACAAGGCGUUCAGUUCCGGACUGGAGUACCGCUCGGACGACUGUACCUUGGCGCUCACCCUGGCGAAUCCAGACCUCAUGAAGCUGCACGGCACCCUGGUGUUGCACUACUUGCAGGCAAUUACGCCGAGGAUUACUCUCGGCACGGAAGUCGCGUGUUUACGUGGUUCUUUAAUACCUGGCAGCCAGCAGACAGUGAUGUGUGCCGCAUUCCGGCACAGUACCGGUCCCACCACGUUGUCCGCCACGUUCGGCGAGGCCGGCAUCCAUAUCUGCUACCAUCGGAAAGCGAGCGAGCAGUUACAGCUUGGAGUUGAGAUCGAGACAAACACACGGAUACACGAGUCUAUAGGAACAAUCGUGUACCGCGUAGACAUCCCAUACGCGGACUUUAUCUGCCGGGGAUUUGUCAAUUCGGAGACCAGCAUGGGUGCCGUGUUCGAGAAGAGGCUGCACCCGAUCCCUGGGGCCUCGUUAAUCAUAAGCGGUUUCCUGAAUCACAAGAAGCAGCAGUUCCGCGUUGGCGUCGGCCUGAACGUCGGCUAAAGUCCCUUAAUCUCUGACCAGGAGUAAACAGAACAAUACUCUAUACUGAAAAUUUUGGACAUUCAAAACGCUGCCUUCUUCGUAGAAUCUUAGAAGCUUUUAUUUCAUGUAUUCCGAUAUCGUCCGGAUAGAAAAGAGAUAAGCCGAAAUAGAAAGUUUCAUGUAUAUCUCUGAUUCAGCUAAAAAAAAUCAUUUUCCAAAAGUUUGUUUGGAUAUUGACAUAUUAUAAGCCUCGCAUGUACUGGAAUACAAUUUUGAUAUGCACUUUUACAAACGAGAGAAUAUUUACACGCGGAACCUAUUAAAUAUUUAUAUUAUUGUGUUAGAUCGUUUGGAAUGAAAAUUUUUUUUAUAAUAAUAUCAAACACAAUUAUAUGUAAUAUAGUUAACUAAUUU